AAUAAUAUUGUAUUGUAACAAUGCCACUAGCACCUUUUGUUGAUGCCCAUAAUAAUAAUAUUGUAUUGUAACAAUGCCACUAGCACCUUUUGUUGAUGCCCAUAAUAAUAAUAUUGUAUUGUAACAAUGGCACUAUCACAUUUUGUUGAUGUCCAUAAGAAUUAUAUUAUAUUGUAAUCUUAAGAAAUUCAUUGUAUUGUAACAAUGCCACUAGCACCUUUUGUUGAUGCCCAUAAAAAUGAUAUUGUAUUGUAACCUUAAGAAAUUCAUUGUAUUGUAAAGUUAAACUAGUCCAUUUGCUGAUAUAGCCCAUAGGAAGUCAUUUUUUCUGAUAGUGUCAGAAGAAGUUUUACUGAAAUACGGUAUAGUAUACCACUAUUUUUAGUUGCUUAGCACUUAAAGCAGAAAUAUGUAUAAAAAUUUUAAUGAUUAGCUCCAGCUGUAGAAAUAAAAGCUAGUGAACUGUAUAAAUGUUGGAUGUUUGCUGUUUUAGCAAUCAGAACAGCUGAAAAUGAAGCAUCUGAAAUUCUUAAGAAGAAUGUAGACAAAGUGGUCAGAGAAGCAGAGGGUCUUCUGAAACAGGUUUUGAUUCUAGUUUUGAUUUCUAGACUGAAAUGAAAGAGUCAUGGCAAGAAACUGAAAUUCAUCCUAUGCCCUGGACAUUAAUCCAAAUCUUGAAGUACAUUCAAAGCCAUUGGAACACUGUUUUUGGCUUUAUAUUUACCCGAGAUGUCAAGAGUAUUAUUGACAAACUAGUGAAUGAAUUGAAAGACUCUCAAGGAAACAUAUGUGAGAAAAAAAAUGCUCUGAACUUCUUCAGUUCUGCUAUCUCGCUCUCUUACUGUAUUCAGCGGAUCUAUGGCUCAACAUCAGCAUCUAUUGAGAGACUAAAACAGUUGCGAAAACACUGCCAUUCUCUCAGUGUGGAUCAGAUUUGUAUGAACACACAGUUAGAAGUACAGUUGAUAGACAGUAGACCAUUAUGUACAGAAUCUCAGCAGAAACGGGUUUUUGAGAUGUUUCGGUAUGUAUGGGAAGUCAUUAAUCAUGUGAGUGGUAUGUUACUUGACUCUCUGGAUUUCUUACAUAAUCUACAGUACAAUCGUCCUAAUCCUGUACCUAACAGAGAAGAGGCCAUGGAUUUCCUCCCAAGGUUUUUUCCAAAACUCAAAACUCUGAAAAGACAAAUGCAGAGUGUUGUACAGUCAAGUUCAUCAAGUGAUUUACAGUAUAAAGAAUCAGUUUCACAACUCUUCAACAGUUUAAUUCACUUUGUUCCACAAUUAGAAGUUCAGUUGAACACUCCCACUCCUGACACCAUUACCAUAGAAAUGAUGGAAUUGUAUUGUGGUAACCCAAACAACAGGGAAUGCCUAGCUAGUGGCUACGAUGAGCUUGUUCAGUUUUACGGUUUGGUUCAUCAAUGUAUUAUGAACACUGAUGGAACAUCUGAUCUAAACUAGAACCUGCAACAAGAAUUUGAGGAGAAAUCUGAUGGCAGGUCCACAGAAAUCAGGAAGCAAAUAAGGAAAAUGACGUUCCAAGUUGGAUUAGUUUGACUUAAGCUUUUCACCAGAGUCAGUCUUUAUAAAAUCUUGUCCUGCACAAAACAUUUAGAAA